GUAAGAAGAAGAAGAAGAAGCGUGGCCAUUUUUUCCCCUCCAUUUUUUUCUAUUGGUGUCUUUCACGGCUCUCCACAGAGACUGCCAUUAAUCUCUUUUUUGCAUGAAAAAAAACCCCUGCUCCCAUUUGAGGGUGUGUGUUUGUCUAGUGCGCAAUUGAAGCUCCAUUUAACCAAGCAAAAUAAGGCAUUUUUGAGGAGGGUUUUCCCCCUCACCCUAAAACUUCAUCCUGCAGUCCUGUCAGGAUGGCAAAACAAGUGCUCCCCUCAAAGGAAAUGUACCUGCUGUGGUUUUAUUCAGAAGGGGGAGAAAUGCAACUCAAAGGAUGUUUUUUUAAAAAAUAUAUAAUUAGGAGGAAUGCAAGUGUUGCAAAACAAUGUUUUUUGCAUUUGUGGAUUUAAAAAGAAAAAAGUGGCUAGCCCAUUAAAAAAAAAAUAUGGAAGAGGAGAAAAAAAUGGCAGGGAUGCAAUUUGGGGGCAGGUUUGAAGAUUUAGGAGAUAAUCAUCCCAGUCCUGACAGGUUUAGUGUUUGGAAAUAGUACUGAAAUUACUAUUAUAUUUAAAGAUUAUAUGAAUAAUCUUUAAAAUUGAUUUAUCUCCAUGCGAUGCUUAAUUCAUAUCUGCUGGUGUUAGAAACGACAAAUAAAAAUAAAAUAUGUUAAAUAAAAUGUAAAUCUUAAUUGGGAAUCAUUUCAGAUGAGUCCUGCGUGGGCUUAUUUAACCCCAAGCCCCAAUACCACUUCUGUGGUAUUUAUUUUUUAUUUAUUUUUUUGGUAGCAAACUAUUUGCUCUGUGUUUUACGGGAUCCCUUCCAUAAUGGAUCCUUCUUGUAUUAUAAUUUGCAUGAUAACGAAGUAUGUCAUUGAGUUUAGGAUGAAGUUUUGAAUUUUUUUCUAAGUUUUGAAUUUAUUUCCACUGAACAGCAUGUUAAGGGCUACAAUCAGAUGGGAUUUUAAAGCUUAGAAUUCAAAACAAACUCAGAGCUGUUCUUGAAUGCUGUAUUGUCCACGUGCAUUGAGUUAUGAAAUAGGAAUAAUACUCUUUCCUAGAUAAUCUGUAAUAUAAUUAGAUUAGCCCAUCAAUGUAACCAUUGUAGUUUAAAUUGUGGUUUGUAGCCUAGAGUGUUUGGUAAAGCCAAACUGAAUAACUUAUACCACAAUCAGAGCAAAUCAUUGCUUAGUGCAGUGUGUGUUCCUAUUUAUUUAUUUAAAUUUCCAUACUGUCCAUUUUAGUAAGCAUCUUGGGAGUUUACCAAAAAUAUAUGUACACAACAUAUAUACUCCUUGUCUACUUUUGGGAGAAAGUGGAUAGUAGGGUUAAUUCAAGCACGAAUAUUAAGCUGUGGUUGUACAAAUUCAGAGUAGCUGCAACAUUGCUUUUUGAGUCUUGAAAUCUCCUUAAAUCGGCUAUCUUUUUAAAUGAAGUGCUGCUUUUAUUGUAGAUAGAACUUCGCCCAUUGACCAGUAAAGAUACAGUCAAUGAAAUGAGCAAUACAAAACUAUCCCUUUAACAACAAGAACUAUUCGCAAUAAUUUGUGGGCAAACGUACACACAAUGUAGCAAAAUUUUGCUACUUUUAGAGAAAUAAAUUUAACUUGUUUAUUAAACAAUGCAGAUAAAAGCUAUUGAGGUGCCCCAGAAAUUGAAAUAAAACAGGCAAUCGACCGGUGACAAAUGUCCCUAUAAAACUGGCAAUAGAGAAGAAUAUGGGCAGAAUAUGGGCUAUAGUUGCUAAUAGUUUUUGUUGUUAGGGGAAAGUUUUGUGUUGCUCAUUUUAUUCAUUGCAUUUUUACUGGUUAAAGACCAUAACUUAGUAUUUUAUUGCGUUUCAGUAUACUGUAGAGUUCUGUUUUGACCCACCCAAUGCUUGGUGUGUAGUAUACAUGGAAUAAUUAUGUCUUUUCAGCAAUAUAUGCAUCUUGGGUUAAGCAAAUAGUUGCCACCUACUUUGUGAGUGGCUAUUUUGAGACUUUCCCAUUUCUCCUGCUGGGGGCAUGGAGAAACAAAAUAGGUAAAUCUGAUGAUAGAAAUUGGAGUGUAAUUUAACUAUAGUGCUAGCUGAGUCUUGAAGGAGUUUAAUGUGUUGGGAAGAAUAAUAUUCAAUGUGGCUGCUUUAAAUUUGAUGCAUGAAUGUGUUUCUCCUCCCAGGAAGGCCAUUUUGGGGCCUCUACUAUCAACCACCUCAAAGAAAAAUGCGAGACAACCAUAGCACUUGUGUUCCUCCUACAGUCACUGCUGUAGUGAAGCCAGGGAGCGCACGACAACGCAGCACGCAGGGUGCUUUGGUUACUGGUGGUUCUACACAGGGGCUUGAGAAGGAACUUUCCACGACAACCUUGAAAAUUUCACAGCAGCCAUUUUUCCUGCUACACAGAGAAGAACAAGAAGCAUUCUUCAACCUCCUAGAGGAUGGCUUGGUACAAGACUUCCUGUCCAUGGACACGUGUUACAGAAUCUCAGAUAAGUAUCUUAUAGCCAUGACUAUGAUGUACUUUAAACGAGCUGGCCUACAAACAAAAGAAUAUACACGGAUCAAUCUCUUCAUAGCUCUGUACUUAGCCAAUGACAUGGAAGAAGACACGGAAGACUAUAAAUAUGAAAUCUUCCCCUGGGCACUUGGCGACAACUGGAGGAAACUAUUUCCACAAUUCUUAAAAAUGAGAGAUGGCUUUUGGGCUAAAAUGAAGUACAGAGCGUUCGUGAGCCAGCGAUGUUGCGAUGAGAUAAUGCUGAGAGAGCCCUCUCACUGGGCCUGGUCCCGUGAACGAGCAUCUCACCACAGCGGGGCGCUGAGGAGUUACCUGAAGAAUGAAAAUGACUUCUUCCCCAGAGGGCCAGGUGUUACGCCCCCGGAGUGCCUUCUCUGCGUUUUGGAUAUGGAAGAAAAUGUGGCUCAGAUCACUCCCCCUGCCAGCAAUCUGUUACCGUCAGAGGUGUUGAAAGGAGAUUUGGAAAGCUGUCCUUUUCUAAUGUUGGAUUCAGAGACUAACUACACUAUGAUGCAAAUCUUACAGGGACCCACCAUGGAGACAGAUGGAAGAGAGAAAGAUUGGCAAUUUUUGGCAUAAUGUCUGACGGCUGAAGACCCCCUCUGCAUACCAGAUUUCCCCCACCGGAAUAGUAGUAUUCAUGGAUGUCCUUCCAUCUACAUCUGCGGCAUUCUAUUUAUAAGCACUUUAUCUUCUUGUUUGUAAAGAGGACACUCAGUAAUACUUAUAUAUUCAUAAGCUUUUUUUAAUAUACACAUAUAUAUAUUUAAAAAAAAAAAAGCUUAUGAAUUGUGACUUGUACAAUACCAAAAUGUGCCAGUUGGAAUGACUCUUAAUAAAGACGUCUAGAAGAA